AUAAUUAAAACCUUCCUCCGUAAUAAAUCAGAAGAUUUGGUCCUGAUGUUAUAAUUCAGUAUGUGCCGACUUAGGUGAGUUCACGGUUGUGCUAUCGGAGACAACUAGACCGAGCGUUCAAUAAAAGGUUUGGCGUGUUUGAGUUGAUUUUUAUUUCAAUAGCGAUCCCUUUGUAACACAAUUUGCAAAAUGUGGCGAAGAGUUUUAAUCCUAUUUCUGGCGACGCAAAGUGCUUGGGGCGAACUAAGCCCUUUCGUGAACCUUCUCGAAAAAGUGGUGCUUUCCGUCUCGCCCAAAUGUUUACUACAGUUAGAAGACAUGUUUGCUAAUUUUAGUUUGAACCCAAACUCGGUCGCAUUGCAAAUGGUCGACGCUACUGCAAAAAUUCCUUCCGGAAUACUGUCUUUAAAUAUUAACGCUUUAGGCGAUUUCGACCAGUGCAUAAAAAUUAGGGCUGGGACUAUGUUGGGAAAAUAUUGUUUGGGACGUUUAGUAGUUCAAAACAAUACAAAACUGGACAAACUGGUGGCGGAUGGUCCAGUGGCUAAUUUUUUCACUGGUAAUGGGGUAGUGACCAAAAUACCACUUUGGGCCCUUUGUUUACCAAACGGGUGUACUUCUGACGAUGCUAACGUUAUCGGAAACGCGUUCUUCAGUACGAUAGUAAAAGUUGAAGGGGUUGCUGUUAAUUUUACUGAAACUUCUUGCCAAACAAUCAAUGAAGUUUAUCCCGAACUGAGCACUAACGCAAUUGUGACAAUUAUUAUUUUAGCGAUUUUGGUUUGCAUUGUCUUCGUAACGACUUUUUACGACCUUUACUGCACGUUUUGGAGUAAAAGUUUUUGUCCACAGUUAGUCCAAGGCUUUUCUAUCUACACGAAUGGCCGCAAAAUAUUUAAAAUUACUCCACCCACACUUGACCAAAUGCCAUGUCUAAAUGGUCUAAGAUGUAUGAGUAUGUUAUGGGUUGUGUACCUCCAUCAUUAUCAAAUCCUAAUGAAUGAUACACUAACAAAUGCGAGACACAUAGUUGAGUGGUCCGACUCUCUAAGCAGCAUGUUUGUGGCCAGUGCUAGUUUAUCGGUAGACACGUUUCUUGUAAUUAGCGGCGUGUUGAUGUCUUAUGGAUUUAUCAAAUCGAAAAACCGAAAUGUUCGUUUUAAUUUAAUCUCCUAUUAUCUUCACAGAUAUUUAAGAUUAACAGCACCACUUGUAGUGGUUGUAUUAGUAUUAAAAAAUCUGUACAAUUAUCUAGGCAAUGGGCCUAAAAUGCCCAUACUGUGCGAAAUAUUCCAAAAACCUUGCAAAAAGCAUUGGUGGACGGCCCUUCUCUACGUACAAAACUAUGUCAACGUUUCAGAAAUGUGUCUUGAAGAGACCUGGUACCUCAGUAUCGACUUUCAACUCUUUCUAAUAUCGCCAAUAAUAUUUUUCGCAUUGUGGAAAUAUCCUAAAGGGUGUGUCGCGACUUUGUGUGGCUGUAUCAUUGCCACUAUGGGAGCAUCUUUCUAUACAGCAUGGGAAAACCAUUUAGUUGCACUCGUGUCAAAUUUUUACGGUAAUUUUAAGGACUAUAUGCACAAGUACUACUUCCUAACACAUUUGAGAGCCGCUCCGUGGAUGAUCGGAGUAAUUUUGGGCUACUAUCUAUUCAAAAUCAAACAGAAGAGCACCCAAAUCAAAAUCAAUAAAAUUAUUGUUUGUAUCAUGUGGGUGGUGUGUAUUGGGGUGAUGUUAGCUUGUAUACUAGGAGGGCAUAACACUCUUCAAAGUAAACAAUACAACAGGUGGGGUAAUUCUCUUCAUAUUGCAUUAGUACGGCCGGUGUGGUCAUUGGCAAUUUCUUGGAUUAUUUUUGCCUGCACUGCUGACUAUGGAGGCCCGAUCAAUUGGAUUCUCUCGUUACCUGUGUAUCAAGUUUUAAACAAAUUCACAUACUCGAUGUAUCUAGUACACGUGGUUGUGCUCAGUGUAGUUGUUGGUAAUAGAAAAUAUCCAGACCAUUUUAGUCAACUCAACAUGUGGUACGAGUACGCGGGUACAGUUUGUUUUAGUGCCGUUUUUGCCAUAAUUUUGGUUUUUAUGGCCGAAUAUCCAAUGAUAGCCAUUGAAAAAUGUUUAUUAGAAAGUUUUGCAAAGGUUGUGAAAUUGCCAAAGGGCGAAACAGAAGUUAAAAUGGAUGGAAAAUUGGAUGACACCGUCUCGAUAUCGUCCAUUGAAAGACCAAUUUUGUUUGUCUCUUAAAUCCUUAUUUCCCACGAUAUUGUAAAUAAAAUGAUAAAAAUAU